AUGGAGCGCAGAAAGCCGCCACUCACGCCCGAAAGUUACACCCGAGGAAUUAUCUCACUUUCAGGGAGAUUUCAGAGCACGUCGGCCUUCCCGGGCAACAAUUACCUCGAUAUCAAAGAAUGGAUGAUACAAGACCGUAGGAUUUUCAAAUCGGCGAAAUUAGAAGAAGAUGCCUCCCGUUUCGCCUCCAUCUUUGCCUCCAAGUCCAAACAGCCUCACGAUUUAGUUGUGGUAUACAACAGCGAUAGAGAGAGAAAGUGGAAUGUACAACAAUACAGUCAAGAGCAACAUGAAGCUCUUGACGCUGAUACUUCUGUUCCGGCAGAAGGCGCGGGACAGAUGGUUUUCAUUCGAGGCUACAUAUCACCAUCAUGGGUGUCUGUGCUUGGGAGCAAAUACAACAUAGAUCCGGAAUUCUUCAGACGACACAUGGAUUUUCUUUCCGCAAGCAUUUUCAGACAUUCGUUCGGUUUCCCAUCACUUGCCAGUGCUUCAAAUAACAUAUUUAGACUUUGUAUUAGCACUCUUCUCCAUCGCGAGGAUUUCGGCGGACAGGAUCUUCAGUCCCAGCGGUCAGAUCAAUCCGCUGAGCUCAAAACGUACAAGCUGCAGCAGCUUGCGUUUACUAAAGUCUGCUGCGGAGACUCUCUAGUGCGCGAGUACUCUACCGUGUGCUCGUCUUUCUCUGUGAUAGAACAAUGGAUCUCAAUUUGUAUCACGAAAACAGAUGAAGGAUGGACAGUCAUUGCCUGGAUGGAUCAAGGUAGACCCUUGGAGCAAUCUCCCCCGGGACCAUGGACAAACCACAUCAAGUCCAAUGCUACGCCACUUCCUAUCCUCCAACAUCAUCCCAAAAUGGCAUUUCGAACCACCACCAAUCGUCUAGAUCCAAAGGCGAAUGCCUCGGCAGAUAUUGCGCAAAGCACGGCCAUUCUUCCUUUGCAAUACGACUCACUGAUUGCACUUGUCGAUUUGGCCCGUCGCGCGCCUCGAGAUCCGCUUUCGAUGUGCAUCCCGUUAUUUACACAUACGGCCUUCUCCGAAGUUCAGUUCUUGAAUCUCAUAGAGUCCAGGAUACAGAUCCAAAUAAACACCAUUACUGAAUCAGUUAAAGCUGAUGAGUUGGGGACUCUUCAAUAUUUCUACACCAUCCUCAAUCGUCAUGCCCAGCAGCUGAAAGAUAGUACUCGUGCACUCUACAAGUUGGCUGAGCGGAGCAGUCAAGGAUUGAAUGUCGUACCACCGAAUCUCGGCAUCGGCACACCCCGGCGGACCUCGGAGACUGAGACGGUUAGAAACCUUGGAGCCAAUAGUUCGUGCGGUGCCUUUACAAUCAAGGGUCUCUUGGAAGACUAUGAAGAGCUUCAUGCUCGUUGCAUCGACCUCUCAAAAAUGUGCACCAGGGGCAUAACCAUGGCAAUGAAUAAAGCUACGAUCGAGGAAUCUCGCAAAGCCAUUGAGCAGUCUGAGCGACUCAAGAAGUUGACUCUACUUGCAACGCUUUUCAUCCCCCUUAGCUUCUGCUCUAGCCUAAUGGGUAUGAACAUUGAUCUCCUUGGGCAGAACGCGGUGAAAUUUUGGUGGUUUUUUGUACUCUGUAUUCCGGUCACUUUGUUUGCCUACUGCAUUUUUCUUUGGGACUUUCAGGCUGCGAAAGAGGGAUGGGCGAGGCUGUGGACAAGAUGUCGUGGAGUUAGGCCAGACAUUACAAUUGGAGGCAGCGAGAAGGAUCCGAGUCAUAUUGUGUGA